AAAGUUCUACAUUAAAAUUUUCAGGAAUUACCAGCCUAUCUGUCUCCUCAGAGGACUACAAAACACAAAGUACUCUGCAGAUGCUGUGGUCAAAUCAACACGUACAAACAAGCUGGAGGAACUCAGCAGAUCAGGCAGCAUCCUUGGAAAUGAGCAGUCAACGUUUCGGGCCGAGACCCUUCGUCAGGACUAUCCUGCCCACAGCUUAUUCCAUAUCAGGGUUUUGGAAUGCAUGGAGGUAGGAAAAUAACACAAUAUAAAUGAUAAAUUAUAUAUUUUAAGAAAAUUUAUGAUAUUCACAGGCACUUGCACUCAUCCCUUUUACUUCGUAGUGCCCAGUCUCAAGAUUACAUUAAACUAACAACACUGAACAUCUGAUCUAUAAAAAAACAUUAGUUUAAUGAGGACAUUUAACUUUUAAAUAAAUUAUUUAAAAUAUUAUUUAAAAAUUAUUAAAAAAGUAUUAUUUAAAAAUUAUAUUAGUUAAGUUAAAAACUAUAAAAAUGCCCUAAUGAAAGAAACUGAAGUAUGGACUUGUGGUACCUUAUCACACUAGUAGGAGAGUCUCAAGCAAAGAGGUGAUAACAACAUGAUAAAGGGCCAGUCAUUUAAAACAGAAAUAAACUUUAAAUUUUUUUCUCUUGGAAGUUGGUAAAUCUCUGCCCCAGCUGGAAGCUGGAUAAUCAGGAGUGUUCAAAGUAGAAGGCAAUAAAUAAUUUUUAGAUGUGGAAUAGAGUGUUUUGGAGAAAUGGUGCAGAACAGAAAUCGAGGCUAGCACAGAUCAGCCACCAUUGUUACGAUAUAUUUGUACGUGCACUCGUGGGCAGACAAUUAAAGUCGGUGCGCAUGCGCCGUUGUUUUUAUCUGAAAUAUCUGUCUCAAAACAUGGUGGCAGCAGUGGUGCUCAGAAAAUUUGCUUUUUCUCAACCGCAACGCCCAAUUUUUUGGCAGCACAAUAAUAGAGCAACUCUGAAACAUCGGAGGGUGAGUGUAAGUGUAGAAAAGUAUCAACCGAGAUGAGCAACUAGCCACAAAUAGAGAUGGGUGUAGAAACAACACCCAGAGGUGAGACAGCAGAAUCUCAGCAGCACCCAGCACCCACGGGCGACCCUGUGCUGGGGAACCAUGGUCGGGCCAGAAGUCCUCCCCCAGUCAGCGGCAUUCGCCUGCCACUGGCCAUGACGUUCAACCACGGACUGAUAGACGAAUGGAAGACAUGGCGGCAGAUGUGGACUCACUACAGCGUCAUGGCACAACUGCACAAACAAGUUCCAGAAUACCAGACGGCAUUAAUUUUGCAUACAAUUGGACCGUCAGGACUUGAGGUCUACAACAGUUUUGUGUUCGCAGAUGAGGCUGAAAGCCAAGACCUUACAAAGAUUUUAGCUGCAUUUGACAGAUAUGCUAUCGGGGAGAAAAAUGAGACACGUGAACGGUACUUGUUCAACAAGCGGCAACAAGAACAAGAUGAGACAAGAUGAGUUUCUUGCCAGCCUUAGAUCUCUUGCAGAGACAUAUAAUCUUUGCUCGCGUAUGUCAGACAGUCUGCUGAGAGACAAGAUCGUACUGGGCAUUAAUGACUCUCAAACCAGAAAACGUCUGUUACAAGAGAGAAAGCUAACGCUCAAUAACUGCAUUGACAUCUGUAAAAGCACAGAAAUGGCUGAAUCACACCUACAACUAUUCAGUACAGCUGCAGAUAGCAGAUCCACUGCUGUCCAUGGGAUUAAACCUCGCGCUAACAAGAAAGGUUCGAAGCAUCCUGGACAGAAGGCUAGUGCUUCCGGUGGAGCCAGAGCAAAAGGUACCUUGAACAGCUGCAGAAGUAAAGUGAACCCUUGCAAGUACUGUGGCACAGAACAUGUAAGAGACAAGCAACAAUGCCCAGCAUACGGACAGGCUUGUGGCAUUCGAAAUCACUUUGCAAAGGUAUGCAAGCAGAAGCCUGUGCAUAGGGUGGAAGCACAAAGCGAUGACCAAACCGACAGUGACAGCAGCACCAAGUUUAUUGACAAUGUCAUACUGGUGGCCAACAGUUUGAAGACAAAGGAUGACGUAUUCGCACAGAUGCUCAUCAAUGGAAAGCCAAUAGAUUUCCAAGACCACAGCAGGUCAAGCAUUAACAUUUUACCCCGCAAAUACUUGGAGGGAGUAGAUCACACACCAAGACAAUGCACAAAAAAGCUGAUGAUGUGGAACAAGACCACCAUGGAUGCAGAAGGGAUGUGCAGAGUGAAAUUGCAUAACCCCACGACGAACCGCAAAUAUUCUGUCAAAUUUGUUGUGGUCACUGACAACUUUACAACAUUAUUGGGAAGCAGGGCCAGCCAGCAAAUGAAGCUGAUUAUGAUCACCGAUGACAACUUUUGCAGAGUGCAUGUAUCUACACUCAAAGAAAAACAAUGCACACCAGAAGAAUGCUAUGAAGAGGUGUUCUUCGAUGCGCUCAGGGAGCUUCCGGGUGCAGCCCAUCUACAGAUUGAUGCGGAAGUUCAACCCACAGCGUUAUCCCACGACAUCUAACUCACGCUAUGAAGCAGAAAGUGAAAGCUGAGCUUGAUCAACUGGUAGAUCGCAAGGUGAUAGCUCCAGUCCAUGAACAUAGAAGGUGGGUUAGCCAGCUAGUGGUUGCAGAGAAGAUGCAUUGACCCUUGACCUUUGAACAAAGCACUGAGGAGAGAACACUACCCUCUUCCGGUAAUAGAGGACAUUUUGCCAUAUUUUGACCAGUAAGCUUGAUAUGAGUUCUGCAUUCUGGCAAGUGAAAUUGGACAGUGAAUCAAGCGUGCUCACCACCUUCAACAUACCUUUUGGGUGGUAUAGAUGACUCAGACUUCCGUUUGGAAUCAGCAUGUCAUCAGGCACUGGAAGGAUUACCGGCAAUGAUCUGCGUCACAGAUGACAUUCUGGUGUACUGAAAAGGGGAAACGCAGGGAAGGGCAAUCGCCGAUCAUGAUGUGAAACUUGAGCAGCUAUUACAGCGUUGUGCAGAGCAGCAUAUCAGGCUCAACAAGAACAAAUCUGUCUUCAGAGCGACAGAGAUACCCCUUUUGGGGCAUCUCAUCACAAGUGAGGGACUUCAGCCAGAUCCUAAAAAGGUCGCUGACGUUCUCAACAUGCCAGCACCCACAGAUGUGCAGGGAGUGCAGUGAUUGAUCGGAUUUGUCAACUACCUGAGCUGUUUCCUACCAAGUCUCUCAGAUACCUUGAGCCAAUAAGACAGCUGACAGAGCCAGAUGUAGCAUGGGAGUGGUCAGCUGAGCAGCAAAACACUCUCUCCAAGACCAAGCCGAUGGUAUCUGCAGCACCGGUGUUAGCAUACUACAAUUUUAAGAAAGAGCUAACCAUCCAAUGAGAUGCCAGCAACAAAGGCCUAGGGGCAGCACUUCUCCAGAAGAAUGCAAGCAGAGCGCUAACGGACACAGAAACGCUUUACACAGUGAUCGAAAAGGAAAUGCUUGCAAUCGUUUUUGCACUUGAGCAUUUUCAUCAAUACACUUUUGACUGCUUCACAAGAGUACUCUGCGAUCACAAACCUUCAAAAUGAUAGUUAAGAAGCCAUUGGUGAAGGCACCAAAGUGCCUACAGGGAAUGCUUCUUCGCCUGCAGAGCUAUGAUUUCGACAUCACCUACUAUCAAGGAAAGCUCACGCACCUCACAGAUACGCUAUUGUGAGCAGUUAGCAGUGCUCCAGACCAGGAGAAUAUCUUCGACGAAGUCAACAUGCUAUUGCACCUGCCAAUCCGCGAUGAGCUACCAGAGCAACUCGCACCUUACUGUAGCUAUAGGGAUGAGCUUGCAGUCCAAGAUGGCUUAAUCUUCAAAGGUGAGCGUGUCACCAUACCGCAAAGUGAACAAAAGCAAAUGAAGGAAAGGAUUCAUUCGUCACACUUGAGCAUAGAAGGAUGCCUCAGACGCACACGCGAAUGUCUUUUUUGGCCAGGCAUAAGCAGUGACAUCAAGCAAUAUAUUGCUACAUGUGAUGUAUGUUGCACAUACGAAAUGAAUCAGCAGAAAGAAUCGCCUAUAAGUCAUGAGGUACCUGCUUGGCCGUGGGAAAAGAUAGGUACCGACCUACUUACAUUCGAAGGAAAAGAGUACCUCAUCACAGCUGAUUACUACAGCUAUUACUUCAAGGUAGACCUUCUUUGCGAUAUGACCAGCACUGCCGUUAUUCGCAAACUGAAGGCUCACUUUCAAGAUAUGGUAGCCCAACACAAGUGAUAAUGGGCCACAAUACACGUCAGCGGAAUUUCACAGAUUUACAUGAGAAUGGGAUUUUGAGCUCUUGUGUAGCAGUCCCGGAAAUAGCAAAGCAAAUGGAAAAGCUGAAUCAGCAGUUAAAACAGCUAAGCGGAUCCUCACAAAGAGCAGCAAAUUGCGAGCAGAUCCCUACCUUGCACUUAUAAACCAGCUCAACACACCUUCGCAAGGGCUCAGCACGAGUCCUGCCCAGCGUCUGAUGAAUUGUCACACAAGCAUACAAAACAACGCGUCCAGCAGCAGGCCGACAAUUACAACAAAUCAGCCAAAGAUCUUGCCCCACUCGACGAAGGGGAUACUGUGGGCGUGCAACCCCUGGUGCAAGGUAAAAAGAAUUGGGAGAAAGCAAUUGCGUGUUGGCGCCUUGAUGAGCGUUCAUAUGCAGUUCAAACCCCUUCUGGGAUCUACUUCACGCAUACAUCUACGAAACACGGCCGAGGAACCGCCUGAAAAGCACAUUAUCAGGCAAAAUCAGGUCAAACAACCAAGAUCAAUGAUCACAGUGUGCCUACCGCAUCAAAUGCACACACAAACACUAGCAGACGCUAGUGAUACAACACAAACGUUGAAACAUGCAAAUAACAAACAAGAAGACUCAGACAAAACAGUAAAAACUCGUUCUGGCCGCACAGUGAAAAGGCCACAAUACCUAGAAGACUUUGUCCUACACAGAAUAAUUGUAUGAACAAUAAGACUGUGACACUAUUUGGCAUUUUAAUGCCAUGUUUAUACUCAGAGGAGGACCAUGUCCUAUUUGAGGUUGUGUAGUUUGUAGUUUGAUGUUAAAGUCGAAUUUUAGUAUGUUUUAUAUUUUGUAUAUAUGCUCCCACAAACAGAAAUAAUGAGUGGUAUGUAUUUGUGACACGCAUAGAGACAUAAAGCAUGAUUAAUGAAUGCUUUGAAAGUUAAUCCCAUGAAAAUAUACUGGAAAGCAGACUCCAGAGAAAUGAGUUUAAUUGUUAAAUACAAUUGUUCCUUUACUUUGUUUUGAUAUAAAGAGGGAUGUUAUGAUAUACUUGUACGUGCACUCAUGAGCAGAUGAUUGAAGUUGGUGCGCAUGUGAUAUUGUUUUUAUCUGAAAUAUCUGUCUUGAAACAGCCAUCACUUAAAAUGGUGGGGCAAGGUAGAAAGGCCUGGUGGCAUGACCCCUGUUCCUAUGUGAGUGGGUUCUAGCAUAUCAUUUCUUG